ACCGGGAGUGCGGAGCCUCCGCCCCGCCGCAGGAGGGAGGGAGGGAGGUGCCGCCGCGUCCCGGCGCGGGCAGCGGAGCGGCGAGGGGCGGCAGAGGAUUUCACCUGUUUUUCAACUUUCCACACUUAUGGGUGUGAGAGCCUUCUGCAACUUUGAUCAUUACAAAUUAUUAGCAGGUUUCUUCUGAAUUCAUUGCAUGGACGUUUCCCAUCCUUAUGGUAUUGAUUUAACAUGCUCUGGAAUCAUGAUGGUUGUGAAGUCCCUGGCUGGCAGUGGAGAAUUAAUAUUUGGUGUGGCAGAAAGCUAUCCUCAGUAAACUGCAUAGUACUGCAAAAUCAUGGAUUCUGAGCAGCAACACUCAGCAACAACUGACUGGUGCAAGACAUUUAUCUUUUCUGUGAAGUCCCAUUUCUGAGCAACUACCAGUGCUGCUUAGCGUCUUUGUUGACGAUCAGCAAGUUUGCUGAUGACACUGAUCUGUGUGGAUCUAUCAACAGACUGGAGGGAAGGGAUGCCAUCCAGAAGAACCUUGGCAGGUUUGAGAGCUGGUGUAAAUGACUGCUGCUGCCUCCCAGAGCAAGAUAACCUGCUCAGUCAGCUGGAGCCCCCUGCGGACAGCUGUCUCGCUUUUAGCUGAUGGAAAACUGCUAUAAGCGCUGAAUGGAAGAGCGUGGAGCAGCGACCAUACCAGCACGAGGAGCUGCUGCAGUAGCAGCAGCAAGAGCGAGCGAGGACUCUAUUGUUCCCUGGUGUUAAACAGUUUUUUCUUUUCAACUGCCAUGCACAGCAGCGGGAGAGAGGUUUCCAGUCCCUUUCUCCCCGUGAGGAAAUUCUGAAGAGGGGAGGAUCGUUUGAAGAAGGUUUCGUGGUGGUGCUGCGGGUUUUGGACGCAGCAGCAGGCUGCUGGAGGCAUGGGGUUGAGCGAGGGGAGCGCUUCUCUCUGCCGUGGUCCAGGGGUGCCUGCUCGGUGCGUGGGAGUUCUCGUGCUUCUGCUGCUGGGAACCUGGGAUGCUCAUGCACAAAGUGAAUUUCAAACUUCAUCAGUGUAUUUGUGGAAGACCGGUCCAUGGGGGAGAUGCAUGGGAGAUGAAUGCGGUCCAGGAGGCAUCCAGACGCGAGCAGUGUGGUGUGCCCACGUGGAGGGUUGGACCACGCUGCCCACGAACUGCAGGCAGCCAGAGCGGCCGGACAACCAGCAGAGCUGUUUCCGGGUCUGCGACUGGCACAAGGAGCUGUAUGACUGGCAGAUCGGGAGCUGGAACCAGUGCCGGCCUGUCCUCUCCCGCAGCCACGAGAAGCCCCUGGAGUGCCUCAGAGGGGAGGAAGGGAUCCAGACAAGGGACAUCAUCUGUAUACAGAAGUCCAAUGGGGUUCCAGCUGAGGAUGUCAUCUGUGAGUACUUUGAGCCAAAGCCACGGCAGGAGCAGGGAUGCCUCAUCCCAUGCCGACAGGACUGCAUCGUGGCCGAAUUCUCGCCCUGGUCUGAGUGCUCAAAGACCUGUGGCAAUGGACUUCAGCAUCGAACUCGGCACGUGGUGGCUCCACCGCAGUUCGGUGGGUCAGCUUGCCCCAACCUCACUGAGUUUCAGAUCUGCCAGUCCAGCCCAUGCACUGUUGAAGAAAGCCUGUACAGCCUAAACGUGGGACCAUGGAGCGCAUGCUCGGUGCCCCAUUCAAGACAAAUAAGGCAAGCAAGGAAACGAGGGAAGAACAAAGACAAGGAAAAGGAUAGAGAAAAGGCAGUUCGAGAUCCUGAGGCUCGCGAGUUAAUUAAGAAGAAGAGGAACCGUAACAGACAGAAUAGACAGGAGAACAAAUAUUGGGACAUACAAAUCGGCUAUCAAACAAGGCAGGUCACAUGUACUCACAGAAAUGGGAAAACUGCUGCUCUGAGCUUCUGCAAACAGGAAAAGCUGCCCAUCACAUUUCAGUCCUGUGUGAUCACAAAGGAGUGCCAGGUGUCAGAGUGGUCAGAAUGGACCCCCUGCUCCAAAACCUGCUUUGACAUGACAACCCCUAAAGGGAAUCGUACAAGAUCACGCACCAUUAAGCAGCUCCCUGUCGGCAGUGAAAGCGAAUGCCCACAAUUAGAAGAAGCAGAGCAAUGUGUUUCUCAAGGAGAUGGUGUAGCACCCUGCAUUACGUAUGGCUGGCGGACCACCGAGUGGACAGAAUGCCGUGUCGAUCCUCUCCUUAGCCAACAGGACAAGAGGCGAGGAAAUCAGACAGCGCUGUGUGGAGGUGGCAUUCAAACCAGGGAGGUGUACUGUGUGCAAGCUAAUGAAAAUCUCCUCUCCUACUUAAAUACCCUCAAGGAUAAAGAAGAAAGUCAGUCACAGAGCAAGUCGAAGGCUAGUGUUGCACCUCUGCUAUCAAUCACUUUUGAAAUAACAGCUUCAAGGCCAGUAGACCGUAAACUUUGUACAGGACCUCUUCCCAGCACCUCCCAGCUGUGCCAUAUUCCCUGUCCUACAGAGUGUGAGACCUCGGCAUGGUCAGCCUGGGGACCAUGCACCUAUGAGAGCUGUGAUGACCCUCAGGCCAAGAAGGGCUUUAAACUAAGGAAACGUCGCAUCACCAAUGAGCCUACAGGAGGAACAGGAAACUGCCCUCACCUGUUGGAAGCCAUCCCGUGUGAAGAGCCCUCUUGCUAUGACUGGAGAAUCACGGGGCUGGAGGAAUGCAUUCCUGACAAUGAAAAGCCAUGUGGCCCUGGUACACAGGUUCCUGUUGUCGUCUGCGUCAACAGCGAUGGAGAAGAGGUUGACAGACAGCUGUGUAGAGAUGCCAUCUACCCGAUCCCGGUGGUGUGCGAAGCGCCGUGCCCAAAGGACUGUGUGCUCAGCAUGUGGUCUGCGUGGUCCUCCUGCUCACACACCUGCUCCGGCAAAACCACAGAAGGGAAGCAGAUGCGCGCCCGCUCCAUCCUGGCGUAUGCAGGUGAAGGAGGAAUACAGUGCCCAAAUAGUAGUGCCCUCCAGGAAACACGCAGCUGUAACGAGCACUCUUGCACUGUGUACCAUUGGCAGACCGGUCCAUGGGGACAGUGCAUAGAGGACACGUCUGUCUCUGCUUUCAACUCCUCUGCCAGCUGGAAUGGGGAGGCCACCUGUUCCGUGGGGAUGCAGACAAGAAAGGUCAUCUGUGUGAGAGUAAACGUGGGACAAGUAGGCCCAAAAAAAUGCCCUGAAAGCCUUCGACCUGAAACUGUGAGACCUUGUCUGCUUCCUUGCAGGAAGGACUGUAUUGUGACUCCAUUCAGUGACUGGACAGUGUGUCCUUCAUCUUGUCAAGAAGGGGGUGUCACAGUAAGGAAACAGUCCCGACACCGAGUCAUCAUCCAGCUCCCUGCCAAUGGUGGUCGGGAGUGCCCAGACUCUUUGUUUGAGGAAAGGGAAUGUGAAGCUUCUCCUGUCUGUCAUAGCUACAGGUGGAAGACCCACAAAUGGCGCAGGUGCCAGCUGGUACCAUGGUACGUGCGCCAAGACAGCCCGGGAGCACAUGAGUCUUGUGGACCUGGGCUACAAGCAAGAGCAAUUACUUGUCGCAGACAAGAUGGAGGACCAGCUGACAUCAGUGAGUGCCUUAAAUACUCUGGCCCAUUACCACCCUUAACACAGACGUGCCAGAUUCCCUGCCAAGAUGACUGUCAGUUUACGAACUGGUCAAAAUUUUCUCCCUGUAAUGGGGACUGUGGAGGAGUCAGGACAAGAAAACGCACUCUUGUUGGAAAAAGUAAGAAAAAGGACAAAUGCAGAAAUUCUCAGUUGUAUCCUCUGAUUGAGAAUCAGUUUUGUCCAUGUGACAAGUACAGUGCUCAGUCUGUGGGAAAUUGGUCAGACUGUAUUUUACCAGAGGGUAAGACAGAAGUAUUGCUGGGAAUGAAGGUACAAGGAGACGUUAAGGAAUGUGGACAAGGCUAUCGUUACCAGGCCAUGGCAUGCUACGACCAAAACAAUCGACUUGUGGAAACAUCACGGUGCAACAGUCAUGGGUAUAUUGAGGAAGCCUGUAUUAUUCCAUGUCCCUCAGACUGCAAGCUCAGUGAGUGGUCCAACUGGUCUCGCUGUAGUAAAUCCUGUGGGAGUGGGGUAAAGGUUCGGUCUAAAUGGCUCCGUGAAAAACCCUACAAUGGUGGAAGACCAUGUCCAAAGCUAGAUCACGUCAAUCAGGCACAGGUGUAUGAGGUGGUUCCCUGCCACAGUGACUGCAGCCAGUACAUAUGGGUUACUGAGCCCUGGAGUGUCUGCAAGGUGACCAAUGUGGACUUAAAAGAGAAUUGUGGAGAAGGUGUUCAAACAAGGAAAGUCAGGUGCAUGCUAAACACUGUGGAUGGUCCUUCUGACACAGUAGAAGACUAUCUGUGUGAUCCUGAAGAGAUGCCACUUGGUGCUAGAAAAUGCACGUUGCCGUGUCCAGAGGACUGUGUUAUGUCUGAGUGGGGAUCAUGGUCUCAGUGUUCUUUGCCAUGCAAUGGAAGUUGUGUCCGUGAAAGGUCAGCUGAAUCCCUAAGACAACCAGAUGAUGGAAAGCCUUGUCCUGCUGCCUCCGAGACAGAAGCCUGCACUUUGAACAAGAACUGCUACCACUAUGACUACAACGUGACAGACUGGAGCACGUGUCAGCUCAGCGAGAAGGCUGUCUGUGGCAGUGGUAUCAAAACACGGAUGCUCGACUGUGUUCGCAGUGAUGGCAAAUCGGUUGACCUGAAAUACUGUGAAGAGCUUGGUUUGGAAAAGACAUGGCAAAUGAAUAUGUCCUGCGUGGUGGAAUGUCCUGUGAACUGUCAGCUCUCUGACUGGUCCACCUGGUCUGAGUGCUCUCAAACUUGUGGCCUUACAGGAAAAAUGAUCAGAAGAAGGACCAUAAAUCAGCCAUUUCAGGGUGAUGGAAGGCCUUGUCCUUCUCAGAUGGAGCAAUUCAAACCCUGUCCAGUAAAACCUUGUUAUCGAUGGCAAUAUGGUCAAUGGUCUGCGUGCAAAGUAGAGGAUGCUCAAUGUGGAGAGGGAACACGAGUGAGGAACAUUUCCUGUGUGGUUUAUGAUGGAUCCACUGAAGAUGUUGGCAAAGUAGUAGAUGAGGAAUUCUGUGGAGAAAUAGAGCCUAUUAUAGAUGGUGAUAAGAAGAUAAUACUUGAGGAAACCUGUACUCUCCCUUGUCCAGGGGACUGUUACUUGAGAGAGUGGUCAGAAUGGAGCCUUUGCCAGCUAACCUGUGUUAAUGGUGAGGAUCUUGGUUUUGGAGGAAUACAAGUCCGAUCUCGAGCAGUGAUCAUUCAGGACUUAGAGAAUCAACAUCUCUGUCCAGAACAGGCUUUGGAAACAAGACCAUGCAAUGAUGGCCAGUGCUAUGAGUACAAGUGGAUGGCUAGCCCAUGGAAGGGAUCUUCUCGGACUGUGUGGUGCCAAAGGUCAGAUGGUUUAAACGUCACAGGGGGCUGUUUAAUGAUGCGCCAACCAGAUGCUGACAGGUCAUGUAACCCACCGUGCAGCCAACCCCACGCUUACUGCAGUGAGACUAGAACGUGCAGUUGUGAAGACGGAUACACUGAAGUUAUGUCCUCUGAUGGCACACUCGAACAGUGCACUCUCAUCCCAGUGGUGGUGAUCCCCACCAUGGAGGACAAAAAGGGAGAUGUGAAAACCAGUCGAGCUGUGAACCCUACCCAGCCCUCCAGUAACCAGUCAGGACGAGGAAGGACCUGGUUUCUACAGCCUUUUGGGCCAGAUGGGAGGCUGAAGACCUGGGUUUAUGGUGUAGCUGCUGGUGCAUUUGUUUUACUCAUCUUUAUUGUUUCUAUGAUCUAUCUAGCCUGCAAAAAGCCAAAGAAGCCCCAGAGAAGGCAGAACAACCGACUGAAACCUUUAACCUUGGCUUAUGAUGGAGAUGCAGACAUGUAAAAUACAACUUCUCAUGGUAACAAAUGGAGUCUAAACUAUAGGAAUGAAAUCGGAAGGUGUCCGAAGCCACAGGGAUUUUUUUAUGGAGUGGAUUAAGUGUUUUGAAUUUUUCUUUUUUGUAACUGCACCAUAGACAAAGAAGGAUGGUUUUCAUAAUGCCUACCAAUAUUCAAGGUAUUAUUGCUUUACUUUAGACCAUCAGCACUGAGAAAUCGGGCAGAAUCACGUUAAUAGACACUGCAGUUGGAGAUCUGUGGUGUUUCCUCAGCCUUAGAACUGAGCACCGCUUGUGUCUCCAGAAUACUGUAGCUGACAUAUUAUUAACACUUGGAAGCCCCUGCAUCAUUAACCGAGUAUAAUCAGUACGCAUGUCAAGUUUGUACCAAGCUGUCUAUGACUCUUUAUAUUCAAACAUAUAUACUCAGCUGAACCAUAUGUAUUAUUCUAUCAGAUUAUAUACAUGAUGAAGAGCAUUUUAGUGCUUAGUACAAUAUUAACUUUUAACUGGGAUUAAAAGCAAGUUCAAAAGUUUGCCAGUUAAUGAUAACUUGUGUUAACCUGCAUUUCAGAGGGCAAUGACUCACUUGCAAAAUUCUGUCCUGUUACCACUCCAAAGUAUAAAGGCCUCAUGUGUACAUCCAGAAAGGAGGCAUUCUCAGAUUCCCUAUUUUCUAGUGGUUGCUGUCUGGAAAAAAAUACCUGCUGUAAAUGUUACAAUACGUUUCUACUUUCUCUAACUCAAACUGUUGCCUGCAUCUUUUUUGCUACAUGUAAGGCAAAUUUUUGCACUAUAUUAGUGCAGCAUGAUAUGCACUUAACUAGUAUUGCCAUAGAAACUGCCUCUUUUCAGAAAGGAUAAUGAUGUAUCUUGUGCAAGGAGUGUCAAGUAGACAGGUCUUGAAUCCUGAAGAGAGUAGCGUUCAGUUUGGACUGUGACGGGAUGGAAUCGGCUACGACGUGUGCUGUACACACCGUUCCUCAUCACAGCAGCCAUUUGUACCCUACACCAUGGCAGUAAUACAAGUGUCUAGUUUCUUGCCCCGUCUACCUAUACUGGUAUAGAUUGUCCUGCUGGUUUCUAAUUGUACUUUGAAGGCUGUUUAUGACUAGAUUUUUUAUAUUUGUUAACUUUGUUAGAAAAAAAAAGAAAAGAAAAAGUGGUUGCCCUGUCAUCCUAAGUGACAUACUUCUUGUCUAAAAAGGUGUUCCAAUUGUUCAACUAAAAUAAAAUGGUUUUGCUUUUCUUUCCUUCUGUUAAUGAGAGCUUUUUCACUGUUACUGGCAGUGCAAUACUCAGAGACAUUUUGUCUUUUCUAAUUAGCAUAAUUUGAUAGAAUCUUUUAAUUAUUCAGUUAAACUCCUGAGUGUGCUGGCAAGUUAACAAUAUGAUCAAUAGUUUUGCCAUUUUAAUGCUCAUGACGUUUUAAAAAACUCUGGCACUAUGAAAACUCAUUGUUAACCUCUUCCAUGCUUAUGGCUUUUCAGUGUUACGCUUCCAACAUGAAGCUCAUUGACUUGCCACUCAUGUCUUGCCUGUUUCAGAUGUGAUCCAUGACCUGAGAAAGGUUAUUCUCCUCAAAUGGCUUCUAUGUGCAGCCUGAACAUACAAGUGACUGUGCCACUACUAAGCAAUACAAAACUUUAUCAGGCAACCUCUCAAAAAUAAUUGUUAUAUAAAGUUCAACAUUAGGUUCUCAGGUCUUUUUUAUAACCUAAACCACUUCUGCCUACCCAUCACUCUAUUUUCUCAAGAAGCACCAGUUUUUGCACCCUGAAUGAAACUAGCUUUGCAAACUUUGUCCCAGAUCUACUGAAAUCAAUGACAAGGCUCUCAUGGACAUCAACGGGUGAUAUCAGUACUUAAAAAUACACACCUUUGCUCUGUGUAGAAUAAUUCUUGAAACCAAUGAGCAUUUUGUGGAUGUUCAAGAGAGAUUAUGGUCCUACUUUAACUUAGCUGACAUAUUACCAGUGUGGUGUUACUGCAUCAAGAAAAUUACGUUCCUCCCACUGUGUAAGUAUUCCCCAGGUGGGAAUGAUGAGCAGAGGAACAAUGGUAACAAUCUUUGGUACAGGUUUAAUUUCUCAUUUUAUACCUUGAUCCAGCUGCAGCUGAUGGAGUUCCAUGGCCCCCUGCCACAGCAGUGGUUCAUUCAUGUAUGUGUUUCAGGACUGGAGUCUUCAGUUUUAUAUCACUUUGUAAAGAUCCAUUGCAAAAAUGCAAAUCUUGAUAAUUUUAAUUUUCUGCAUUCUUGAGUAGAAAACAAGAAAAAAUGGUUGGUUCCUCUUUUGUCAGACAUACAAAAAAAAAAAACCAUGGAAAAUUUAUAUAAUAUUAAAGAACGAUAACUACAUGUGGAGACAAAUUUUAAUAAUUCUUUCUGUUCUUUUAAAAGUCUGAUUCUGUGUUGUCAAAUAGUUUUGGACCAAGAGGGCAUUGAGGGAACAGGGUUUAUUUCAUUGGCAAUGAGUCACCUUUAUUUAUGACACUGGCUGGUCUUAGCAGGAGCUGUUGCCUAGUUCUUGCCUUGAAGAAUUUUAUGUUCUGAAUCUAAGCAUUUAAUAACUUGAAGUUAAAGGUAUGACAUCUCCUUUUUCUUACCGUAUUAAAGGGACAAACAAAGAGAUAGGAGGGUUUUUUAAGUAUGUUUGGCCUUUGCAAUCCAUGCAAGUAUUUUAGUAUGUGUUGCAUUUUAUACCUGAUCAGUGAAUAUCUGGUGCACAUCUGCAUCAUCCUAGUGCUGCUUUUAAAAUCUAGAGUGCAUUUUUAUUAUUAUUUUUUCUAUGAACAAAGUGCAUGGAAAUUUGAAGCCAGAAUGGCUUUCCUCAUUAUCAAGAAAAAAAUACUAGGCUGUAAAGAGGGCUGAAAUUUUAUGUAAAUCUAAAAUUUGCAAAGAUGAUUAAGCCCUCUAGCAUUGAAACAGAAAUAAAUAAUAUGUGAAUUAUCAGUAUAGAAUGAAAAGCAAUUUGCUUUAAAAAUCAGAGUGCUUCUACAAAUCCAGUGCCUAAAGCAGCCACUACUAUAGAUUAUUAGUUUGUGAAAGUAAUGUUUCCAGUGGUCGAAUAAACCAUUCAGAAAAUAGAAAAGUAGAUAUUUUCCUGUUGAUGUGGUGGUUUAUAUUUUCCUUUUUAAAACUGUAGUUUCUAGCUUACUGUGUCUGCUUUGAGACCUGGAGCAGUUCCUUUUUGAAGCUUUGAUGCAACUGCACAAGCUUGUUUAUAUUUGGUAUAAAGCAUCAAUUUUGAAACCCCCUUCCUCCUGUCAAAAUGUAAUAAAGUUUUUUCCAAUCUUACAAUUUGAAGAGACCAAUUAAAAAACUCUAUGUGUAAAUCACUGUAAAAUAUACAUUGAAUUAAAUGGAAAUCUGUCUUUUUACCUUUAUGUAAAUUGUUAAGAGUUAAGAUUUUAUUUUGCCUAACUUAAUUUACUUGAAUAUUUAUUUUGUAGAAUGAGAAGGCAGCUGUCUGAGGAAUGUUUACCUUUUGUUUUUUGGUUAAUGUUAAUUUGUAAAUUGUGUAAUGCAUUUUUAUUUUUUAAAUUAUGUAUAUUUCUUUUUUUAAUGCACAAAAUGUUUACGUACAACUACUACUGCAAAUUUGUGUAUAUUGUCACUAAGCUUUAUUCAGUUAAUACAGAUGAUGUGAAAAUGUAACAAGACUUACAUUUUCAUCUGGGUUAUUUUUACAUAACUGAUGUAUUGCUGACAAUAAAUAUAAACACAAAAUCAUUUAAUGUCUUUUUUUAAUACAUGUAGUAUACUAUGCUGGGAUAGAGUAACAAUAAAAGCCAGAUCCGUAAAAUAUGA